AUAAUAUUUGUGAGGCCAAAUUGAGGACAGAUGUGGAAUUGCAAACAUAGGCACUUUAACAGCACUAUCCUUCCGGCGGCGGCAGCAGCGAUAUCUUCAAACCUGUAAACUGAAAGCACAAUCUACUUUCAUAACGAGAACGUGUCUUAGUCAUCGCUAAGAAACUUUUUUUUGUUUUUUUUUCUACCUCAAUUCUACCAAGUAAAGUACAAUGUCACAGGGGGACCAAUACGGUUUAAGGGUUUUGCAAAAGGCCUCAGUUGGACCUUUCAAUGCGUGCGUGGACGCUGGAGGAGACGACUCACUGAUUGUCUUCCUGUUGUUCGGUUAUCGCUUGUGUGCCGUCAGCCGCACCGACGAUGUGCACCUGAUGGACAAUGAUUGUCUCCGUGUGGGCGCCGUGAGCUGCGUGAGGAUUAAUGAGCGCGUUUCUAUUGUCUCCGAUCCGUACCGUUGAUUUUCCAGGGCUGAGAAAAGGAAGUCUGUCUCCCAGGGACACUGGGGCAAAGGUCGUUCAGUCCCAGCCACCGAUGGGAGAGCACAGAUGUUCAUGUUGGCUGAUAUUUGUCGGUGGAGACGCACCGUUUCCCUGAACAGGAAGUGGCAGUUCGCUAUAGAGGGCCUUGUCGUUCUCAGAGGAAACCAGACGUCGUAGUCAUUUCUCAGUGGCGGCAGGAGGUGUACGUUCAGGAUGGCCCAGUGGAACCAGUUACAGCAGCUGGAGACCAGGUAUCUGGAGCAGCUCUACCACCUGUACAGCGACAGCUUCCCCAUGGAGCUACGGCAGUUCCUCGCCCCCUGGAUCGAGAGUCAGGACUGGGCGUACGCUGCCAACAAGGAGUCGCACGCCACGCUGGUGUUCCACAACCUCCUGGGAGAGAUAGACCAGCAGUACAGCCGCUUCCUGCAGGAGAACAACGUGCUCUACCAGCACAACCUGCGGCGGAUCAAGCAGCAUCUGCAAAGCAAGUACCUGGAGAAGCCCAUGGAUAUCGCCCGCAUCGUGGCCCGAUGUCUGUGGGAGGAGCAGAGACUGCUGCAGACCGCCACCACCGCUGUACAGGAUGGUCAGGCAGCACAUCCCACCGGGACGGUAGUGACAGAGAAGCAGCAGAUCCUGGAGCACAACCUCCAAGACAUCAGGAAGCGGGUGCAGGAUAUGGAACAGAAGAUGAAAAUGCUUGAGAACUUGCAGGAUGACUUUGACUUCAAUUACAAGACGUUGAAAAGCCAAGGAGACUUGCCCCAGGACUUAAAUGGCAACAGCCAAGCGGCCGCCACCAGACAGAAGAUGGCUCAGCUCGAGCAGAUGCUGAGCGCCCUGGACCAGCUGAGGAGGCAAAUUGUGACGGAGAUGGGCGGCUUGUUGACCGCCAUGGAUUACGUACAGAAGAACCUGACCGACGAGGAGCUAGCCGACUGGAAGAGGAGGCAGCAGAUCGCCUGUAUCGGAGGUCCACCCAACAUCUGCCUGGACCGCCUCGAGACAUGGAUCACGUCCCUGGCCGAGUCCCAGCUGCAGAUCCGCCAGCAGAUCAAGAAGCUGGAGGAACUUCAGCAGAAGGUGUCUUACAAAGGCGACCCCAUCAUCCAGCACCGGCCCGCCCUGGAGGAGAAGAUAGUGGACCUGUUCAGAAACCUGAUGAAGAGUUCCUUUGUGGUUGAAAGACAGCCUUGUAUGCCCAUGCAUCCGGACAGACCUCUGGUCAUUAAAACAGGAGUGCAGUUCACAAAUAAAGUCAGGUUACUGGUUAAGUUUCCUGAACUCAAUUACCAGCUGAAAAUUAAAGUUUGCAUUGACAAGGAAUCGGGAGACGUGGCUGCAAUUCGAGGGUCACGGAAGUUCAACAUCCUCGGUACCAACACAAAAGUAAUGAACAUGGAAGAAUCCAACAAUGGCAGCCUGUCAGCAGAGUUUAAACACUUGACCCUGAGAGAACAGAGGUGUGGAAAUGGUGGCCGGACCAACAGCGACGCCUCUCUGAUUGUCACAGAGGAGCUCCAUCUCAUCACCUUUGAGACAGAAGUCUAUCAUCAAGGCCUGAAGAUCGAUCUGGAGACUCAUUCCCUACCAGUGGUUGUCAUCUCCAACAUCUGCCAGAUGCCCAACGCCUGGGCUUCCAUCCUGUGGUACAACAUGCUCACUAACCACCCAAAGAAUGUAAACUUCUUCACCAAGCCUCCGGUGGGGACGUGGGACCAGGUGGCCGAGGUCUUGAGCUGGCAGUUCUCCUCCACCACCAAGCGGGGGCUCACCAUCGAACAGCUCACCACACUGGCUGAGAAGUUGCUCGGGCCGUGUGUCAACUACUCAGGCUGUCAGAUCACUUGGGCCAAGUUCUGUAAGGAGAACAUGGCCGGCAAGGGCUUUUCCUUUUGGGUGUGGCUGGACAACAUAAUUGACCUGGUGAAGAAGUAUAUCCUGGCCCUGUGGAACGAAGGGUAUAUCAUGGGCUUCAUCAGCAAAGAGAGGGAGAGGGCCAUUCUGAGUCCGAAACCUCCCGGAACCUUCCUGCUGCGCUUCAGUGAGAGCAGCAAGGAGGGCGGCAUUACCUUUACAUGGGUGGAGAAAGACAUAAGUGGAAAGACGCAGAUGCAGUCAGUGGAGCCCUACACCAAGCAGCAGCUCAACAACAUGUCCUUUGCCGACAUCAUCAUGGGCUACAAGAUCAUGGACGCCACCAACAUUCUGGUGUCGCCUCUCGUGUACCUCUACCCCGACAUUCCCAAAGACGAAGCUUUCGGGAAGUACUGCAGGCCGGAAACAGCUCCGGAGCCGGAGAUGGGAGGAGACCCUUCGAGUAGUAUUCAGCCGUACUUGAAGACAAAGUUCAUCUGCGUCACACCGUGUCCCUCCGUGUUCAUGGACUUGCCGGACAGUGAUCUGCUCGGCGGCGUAUUCCCAGGCACAAACUCUGGAAACACCAGCGACCUGUUCCCCAUGUCGCCGCGCACCCUCGAGUCCCUGAUGCACAACGAAGCCGAGCCUAAUCAGGCACACAUGGGCUGCACUUGGAUUGUUUCCACAGACUCCCUCACACUGGACAUGGAUGUAGCAUCGCCCAUGUGAAGAGAUGACGUUGCGUUUCUUUAUUUCCUUCAAGGGGAUUCGACAGUGUGCCGUGAUAGAGGAUAUUAUGAUGAUUUUUUAAUUUUCUCCCUCUGUCUCACGUAAUCUGCCUGUACAGAUCCUGUGUAAAAAAAAAAAAAGACUUCAUUUCACUCAAACGUUCACCGCUGAUCCGUUGUAUUUUAAGCAGCAACCUGCUCCCUGUCAGUACUUCCACAUCUGCACAUAUGUCUCUGGUAUCUUCUUAAUUAUCGGGAAUUAUAUUUUUGAAAACAUUGUAUUGACUUUUUAAAAAUGUUCAUGAAUUCAUCUGGGUUUUUUUCCUUUGAAAUAUAAAUGUAACAAGAAUAAUUAUUGUAUAAACUAUGGCGCUUUGUACUUUUUUUUAUGCAUUUAAUUGUCUGUUUUAAGUCUGUCUGUCAGUCUUUUUUUUCCAUUACUGACCUCAGUGAAAUGCUUUGUCGCAGGUUUCUCACCCUGGUUUCAUUUGAAAAUCAUUCGAGCCAUUUGGAGUGUUAAAAACCGGUAGUGAAAAGAAAAGGAAUUUGAGACAGUUUGUGGUUAUUCUUCACGUACGAUUAUUCCCCCGUUAUACUGUGAUACAACCUGUAACAGUGGUGGUCAGACAGUGACUUUAUCGCUAACACUUAAACACCGUCAUUUGUGAUUAUGUGAAUUGCACUCGCGUUUGAAAUAAGCAAUUUCAAUAUGUUUUUCUGUGCAUGAAUUGACCUCACAUGACGCGUAUAUCAUGUUGAACAUUUUCUUUUAAAAAAAAAAACAGUUUAUUUUUGACCACUUAUUUUUUCUGUAAAAUACGCUGUAACUUUUGGUUAUUUGGCAAUAAAAAAAAAAAAGUUAGUCCGGAGAAGAGGUUGAGUCAUAUGUUGGUGUAAUUAAUGUCAUGAAGUGAUUUCAUCCAUCAAAAGGAAUAAACAUGAAUAACUUA